AUGAGCGGAGAAAAGUUAGAUGCGAUUAUUUUCGGUGCUACGGGGUUUACGGGACAAAUUGUUGUCGAAGAUGCCAUUGAAAUAUUCAAAGAUUUAAAAUGGGGUAUUGCGGGUAGAAAUGAGAAAAAACUCAAAGAAUUGUUGGAAAAAAUUGGCAAACGAACCAAUACUGAUCUAAGUCAGAUUCCAGUUGUUGUAGCGGAUGUUGGUGAUGAAAAGUCCAUUGAGAAUAUGGCAAAAAAUUGUAAGAUAGUCCUUAAUUGCUGCGGUCCCUAUCAUUUGUACGGUGAAAUAGUUGUUAAAGCUUGCGUAGAAGCCGGAACUCAUCAUGUGGAUCUGAGUGGUGAGCCGCAGUACAUUUCUGCGAUGCAAUUGAAAUAUCACGAAUUGGCACAAUCUAGUGGAUCGUACGUAAUAUCGAAUUGUGCCUUUGAAAGUAUUCCUGCUGAAUUGGGUGUCCUAUAUGCUGAGGAGAAUUUUCCUGGAAUUGUCAAUUCGGUUGAGCUAUACUGUAUGGUGGUGCCGAAUUAUGUAGAUACCACAUCGAAAGCUAUAUUAAAUAGCGGCACCUGGGACAGUGCUAUUGUCAGUAUGCAAUAUGCUCGACAAAUGUGGCAGUUGGAAGGAAAAUUGAACAAGGAACCGUUGCCCAGAUUAAGACCGAAACUAUGGAUGAAAAUUUAUCCCCACAAAAUUGAGGGUGCCAGUAAAUACUUUGCUCCAUUUCCCAUUACUGAUACUCCCGUAGUGGAGAGAUCGCAGCGUUUAUUUUAUGUUCAUGAAAAUAAAAGACCAAUGCAAUUCCAGAUGUAUAUUGGGUUUACCUCCUUCUUUCUGGCUAUGAUGUUUCCAUUGUUCUUACUAUUUAUUGCAUUAAUGGCACAGUGCGGUUGUACGCGCAGCCUCUUAUUUAAAUAUCCACAUUUCUUUACGCGUGGCACAAUGACCCAUCAAGGACCCACAGAGGCUAACAGGAAGGUAGCUGAAUUUAUAUACAUUCUGAAAGCUAAGGGCUGGACAAGAGGUACUGCAGAUUCGGAAGCACCAAAUAAAGAAGUAGUUGUGCGGGUUUCUGGCAAGGAUCCCUGCUAUGGUAUAACCAGUACCUGUUUACUGAUGUGCGCCAAAGUCAUUUUGAAACAACACCAACAAAUGCCAGGAAAUGGUGGCGUUUUUCCACCUGGCUUUGCAUUUGCCAAAACGCAAUUACUCGAGGAGCUGGGCGGCUACAAAUCUGGUUUGAAAUUUGAAGUAUUGAAGCCAUGA